GCAGUAACAAGAAGCACAUCAACUGUUAAAGACAUAAUUUGAAACUCUCUCAAGUGCCGUUUAAUAAACUCUACUUAUAGUCUAGUGACAUUGAAUUACAAUUAUCACAUUACGGAAGCUUAUUGUCAUGUUUAAGUUUAUACAAAAUUUAGUGCCAAAUCAAAAAGAUGAAAGUCGAUUGGAAAAGAGCGAGUUGAAGAAAAACAAGAAAAAGCAGGUCUACGUACCUGUUUACCUUGAUUUACCAGAAAUGACUCUCAUUCAACCAAGUGGCGAAAUGUCAGCAAAGAUCCGCGAGGAACUUCGUGAACCUGAUGAAGCUACCAUCGUAAAGGAUAUCGCGAUUAUUCGCGAAUGGUUAGAGAAACAACCGCAUUUACCUAAAGAUAUGGAUGACGGAAGAUUAAGAACCUUCUUACGUGGAUGCAAAUUUAGCCUUGAGAAAGUUAAACAAAAGCUCGACAUGUACUACACUAUGAGAAAUGCCGUUCCAGAAUUCUUCUUCAAUCGCAACAUCGAAAAUCGUGAAUUAGCUGAGAUUAUGGACAUUGCUGACAUCCCACCACUUCCUGGUCUCACACCAAAAGGUUGUCGUGUUCAAGUUUUACGAGCUGUCGACAAAGAAAAUUUACCCAGCAAUGUUUCUGACGGUAUGAAGUUGGCGCUUAUGAUCGGUGACGUCAGAUUGUAUGAAGAAAAAGUUGGUGUUGCUGGUGAUGUUUACAUUCUUGACGCUUCAAUCGCAACGCCCACACAUUUUGCUAAAUUCACUCCAGCUCUUGUUAAGAAGUUUUUAGUGUGUGUUCAAGAAGCUUAUCCAGUGAAACUCAAGGAAGUUCAUGUGAUUAACAUUUCACCGCUUGUCGACACAAUUGUUAGCUUUGUCAAGCCUUUCUUGAAGGAAAAGAUUCGUGAACGAAUUCACCUUCACAGCAAUAUUGAAGAUCUUUAUAAGUAUGUACCAAAAGAAAUGCUUCCAGCUGAAUAUGGUGGCAAUGCUGGUCCUAUCAAGGAACUCAAUGAACAAUGGAGAAAUAAACUCAAGGAGUACACUCAAUGGUUCAAAGAACAAGACAAUUCAAAAGCUAAUGAAAGUUUGAGACCUGGCGGAGCUAGAGCUGCUGAUGAUCUCUUCGGAAUGGAUGGAACUUUCCGUCAACUAUCCAUUGAUUAAAUAAGAUUUGAGGGAGAUAUUUUGGGAUUCAAAUACAUAUAUAUUGAGGAUGCUUUACUUAUUUUUUAUUGGUUUGUUUAGUGCAGAAUCUAAAUUCCUUUCUUCUAUGUUACCGUCCUAGAAAUGUCAAACAAUUCCUUUUUAUGUUUACUUAAUACUACGGAUUCAGAUCAAAAGGUUUAUCGACACAAAUAAAUAUCGAUUCAUUUUGAAAUUGACAUGUGAUAGAAUAUCAAUAUGAAUUAAUUAAAGUUUCACAUCACAAUAUGACGACGAUGUUCUGUUAUUACCACAGAAAUAUUUUCUAAACAUUUUCAUAAAUUUUGUAGCUUUUACAUUUUGUUAUCCAUACAUAAAUUGCUUGAAUAUUAUCCAAAUAAACUUUUUUAUAACAUAAAUUUAAAACAGUAGCUUUUAUUAAUUAGCAACUCUGGCUCAUUAAUUAACAUGACUUACAUGUAACUCUUCACGACAAUCUCGCCAAACAUAUUAAUAAAGUGUACUUAAUAAAUGAAA